AUGAAGAUGGAAGGAACAUUGCAAGGACAAGUGAUCACCAUCCUAAUUGACUCAGGUUUGACGCAUAAUUUUAUAUGCUUGGAGUUUUGUGCACGCCUUAAAGUACCUUACAUAGAAAUCACGAAUUAUGAAAUCUUCAUGGAGAAUGGAGAGACCCUCGAGGGUAACAAAAUGUGUAGGGAUAUUUUCAUACAAGUACAAGGCUUAGACAUGAUUGAAGACUUCUUACCAUUGACACUAGGGAGCACAUAUGUGAUAUUAAGAAUGCAAUGACUUAGUUCGACAGGAUAGAUACAUGUAAAUUGGGGGACAUUAAUCAUGAAGUUUGUGAUAAAUGAUGUGGUGAAAGUCCUUAGAGGAGAUCCAAAAUUGUCUAAAUCAGAACUCUCACUAAAGAUGUUGUAGAAAACUAUCAGCAGACAACCUCCGAUCCUCUUGGAGUUACAUUAGGUGCAACUACAACCCGAAUAAGUGAGUACCACUAAGACCACCGGAAUUGAAUUCAAAUUCAAAUAAUUAUUUCCAUCUAUAUUUUCUCUUAUAAUGAAAUUACCGUCAGAGCGCGAGGUGGACUAUUCCAUCAACAUUGUUCCUAGUAACAGAUUGGUAAACCUAUGUCCAUAUCAAGAUUCCUACUUCCAAAAGGAUGAAAUUGAGAAGCUGGUACAAUAGCUUAUGGUGACAGGAUUUAUUCAAUUAUCACAAAAUCUUUAAGCAAGCCCUAUCUUAUUAGUGAAGAAAAAGAUGGGAGAUGGCGAUUUUAUGUAGACUAUUGAUAAGUCUUCAUUAUCAUGAGUUAAUAAUUAGUAAAUAAUAUAGUUUUAGCCUUAACUCAUGAUAAAUAAACUUAUAUUUGUGUUAAAGUGUGAAAAGUGGUUUUCAGUUGAUUAACGUGAUUUUUUAAGUAAUUAUGUGAUUUUAUAUGAUUUUUACAGUUUUACUUUUGAGAUAAUUGAAGGAAAAGAAAUUAAAAUAAAAAUAGCAAAAUGGGAGUGGCUCGCCGGCCAGCUAAGCCCGCAAGCGGGUCGGAAGCGCAAUCAGGCAUAAGCCGCAAGUAGGGGCUUGAGUGGCUUGAACUAGUGGGGGCACGUGUGCGCCACCCCCCUUCUACGUCUCUAGUGGCCAGCCGGCGUGGGGCAAGGAGUGGUCAUACACGCGCAAGAAAGGGACUUGAUCGGAAAUGUAAUAUUACUUUAUAUUCGCCAGAAACUUCAGCGCACAACCGAUGUGGGACUAAACCUGUGUCACCUUCCCCAGAAAGGGCGGGCAAUCGACGUGGGUUUGAAUCCUCCUAGACUCAAAACUCAUAUUUUUUUUAUCUGAUUAUCACGACUUUCUUGUAGAUCGCCAGUGAAGGAUUAAGCAACUAGAAUUGCUAGAUCAUCAGCAAAAAUCUUGUCAACGUGAUUCGCGGAGCAUUGUUACUAAAAUUUUUGAACGAUUCGCGAUAAAAGAAUCACAAUUCCAUCGAGUAAAGCAUCUUCGAUUGAUCGACGAAUAAGCCGUCGUCGAGAAGAGGACGAUCCGCCGGGAGACAAGUCGCCACCUCCUAAGAGCGUACCAGAUGCGAUGAAGAGCCUCUUCUUGCUACGUGAACAUGAGGAUGAAGCUCCCUGACACGCACCCCACCUCCAUCUAGCUCCUCUCUGUCGAGUGACAGCCGUCGGAGAGCCAUAAAGUCACUGUUUUUUCGCUUCGCCGGGUGACAGUCACCAAAGACGAUUCGACGACCCAUUUCAUUGAUCUCUAGACUUCGCAAGGAGAUCUAGAGAUUGCCCACCUUGUCUUUGUCCAAAUAGAGCCUUUGAGGCCAUUGACACUGCACGACGAUUGAUAAAUCUUCAUUAUCAUGAGUUAAUAAUUAGUAAAUAAUAUAGUUUUAGCUUUAACUCAUGAUAAAUAGACUUAUAUUUGUGUUAAAGUGUGAAAAGUGGUUUUCAGUUGAUUAAUGUGAAUUUUUAGGUAAUUAUGUGAUUUUACAUAAAUUUAUAUGAUUUUUACAGUCUUGCUUUUGAGAUAAAUGAAGAAAAAGAAAUAAAAAUAAGACAAAAUGAGGGGGACCCGCUGGCCAGCCGGGCCCGCAAGCGGGUCGGAAGCUCAGUUGGGGAGUAGCCGCGAGUAGGGGCUUGAACGGCUUGGACUGAUAGGGCACGUGUGCGCCACUCCCCUUCCACGUCACUGGUGGCCAGCCAGCUGUGGGGCAAGGAGUGGUCGUACACGCGAGAGAAGUAACUUUGCUUUUCUUAGAAAGCUAACAUUACUAUAUAUUUGCCCGAAAAAUUGGCACACAACCGAUGUGGGACUAAACCCACGUCACACCUUCCUCAGAAGGGGCGGACAACCAGCGCGAGUUCGAAUCCUCCCAGAGUCAAAAUUCAUAUAUUUUUAUCUGAUUAUCGCGACUUUCCUGCAGAUCGUCAGUGAAGGAUUAAGCAACGAGAAUCGCUGGAUCAUCAGCAAAAAUCUCAUCAACGUGAUUUGCAGAGCAUUGCUACUAAAAUUGCUGAAUGAUUCGCGAUAAAAGGAUCGCGAAUCCAUCGAGUAAAUCAUUUCCGAUUGAUCAACGAACAAGCCGUCGUCGAGAAGAGGAUGAUCCGCCGGGAGACGAGUCGCCACCUCCUGAGAGUGUACGAGAUGUGAUGAAGAGCCUCCUCUUGCUGUGCGGACCUGAGGAUGAAGCUCCCUGACACGCGCCUCACCUCCAUCUAGCUCCUUUCCGUCAGGUGACAGCCACCAGAGAGCCGCAAAGUCACCGUUUUUCCACUCCGCCGGGUGACAGCCGUCGGAGACGACUCGACGACCCAUUUCAUUAAUCUCUAGACUUCGCGAGAAGAUUUAGAGAUUGCCCACGUCGUCCUUGUCCAAGGAGAGCCUUCGAAGCCGUGGACACUGCAUGACGAUCCUCCCGAACACUCAGAAUUCUGGUGCAUCGCCGAUGCAUCGUCGUCGUGACGCCGGAAUUCUGUUUUCCUGCUUUCAACUUACUUUAUGCUUCAUUUAGUGAUAGUUUUUGUGAUUUUAAUUUACCAAAAUAUACUUUGUUCUAUUACGAUUCUUUCGGCUUUUACAAGUUUUAAUUUGAUUAAUUAAAUCGUCUGUAAUCGCUUACGUAAGAAUUCCUAGGCGGAACUCUGUUUCCGCCCGAUUUGCAUUCGUCGGGUGCUGACGUCAUCUUGACGUCCGCACCCUUAUUUCCUUUUUUCAUGAAUUUUAAAUAUAUUUCCUUUUCAUUUCUUAAGAUAAAAUUCAUAGAAAAUAGUAUUCUCUGAGGAAAAUUCUAAAUAAUUACAAGAUAUUAUAUUAUAUCCCUAUGAUCGACCUGGAAAAUUAACGCUAUUUUUGGAAGUUUUAUUAAAUUAUAAUUGAUAUAUUUGUUCAGAAAUACUUCAAAAUAUCUGAAAAUUCAUAUUUUUUAGUUUUUAAAAUUUUAUAUUUGCGUGAUUUAAUAUACAACGACUAAGUCACGUCAACAAUCCUCCCGAAUGCUCAAGAUUCCGGUGCAUCGUUGACGCAUCGCCGUCGUGACACUGGAACUUUGUUUUCCUACUUUCAACUUAAUUUUUGUUUCAUUUAGUGAUAAUUUGUUGAUUUUAAAUUUACCAAGAUAUACUUCAUUUCAUUACGAUUCUUCCGACUUUUACAUAUCUUAUUUUGAUUAAUUAAAUCAUCUAUAAUCACUUACGUAAGAAUUGUCGGGUGGAACUCUAUUUCUGUUCAAUUCGCAUUUAUCGGGCGCUGACGUCAUCAUGACGUCCGCACCCUUAUUUCCUUUUUUCGUGAAUUUUAAAUAUAUUUCCUUUUUAUUUCCUAGUAUAAAAUUCAUAGAAAAUAGUAUUCUUUGAGGAAAAUUCUGAAUAAUUAUCAUAUAUUAUAUUACAUCCUUGUGGUUGACUUGGAAAAUUACCGAUAUUUUUGAAAGUUUUAUUGAAUUAUAAUUGAUAUAUUUGUUCAGAAAUACUUCUAAAUAUCCAAAAAUUCAUAUUUUCUAGUUUUAUAAAUUUUAAAUUUGCGUGAUUUAUUAUACAAUGACUAAGUCACGUCAACUAUCGUAUCCUAAACAAGGUAUAAUCCUCAACAGAUAUCCUAUAUCUAUUGUGGAUGAGUUGAUCGAUGAGUUGCAAGGUACAAAUAUCUUCUCUAAGUUGGAUUUAAAAUUUAAAUAUUAUCAAAUUUGGAUGAAGGCCUCAAACAUCCAAAAGAUUGCAUUUAAAACCCACGAUGGACAUUAUGAAUUUAUUGUCAUGUCUUUUGAUCUCUCCAAUGCACCGGCUACCUUUCAAUUACUUAUGAAUGAGUUAUUCUAAUCCUUUCUAAGAAAAUUUGUACUCAUAUUUUUUGAUGAUCUCUAUGUACAACCAAAAUCUACAAGAUCACGAAGAACAUUUGACACAGAUCUUUAUUGUCCUAUCCAAGAACAACCUUCAUAUCAAUAUUAAUAAGUGAAAAUUUGCCCAAUCUUGCAUUGAAUAUUUAGGCCACUAGAUUUCUGUAGAAGGUGUGGCAACAGAUAAAGGAAAGAUCAAAGCCAUGAUCAAUUGGCCACCCCCACAGAAUAUUAGAGAGUUGAGGAGAUUUCUAGGCCUUCGGGGUUAUUAUUGA